AAGGCUCGUCCCGUCGUCUCUCCUCCCCUCCUCUCCUCUCCCCCCAUCCGUGAAGGCCGCCGCGUUUUAAAGCCAGCUGCGGAGCUGUUGCCUAAACCGGAGCUUGCACGGACGCCGACCGCCUGCUCUCCCCUGCCGGUCCCUGUCACCUAGCUAGGCAGCAUCACAUCACGGUAAAGUGAAGUCUGGUCUGAGCCUGUCUCCAUCUCUCUCCACCCACAAACAUGGCUUCCAGCCUGCUCAGUCGCCAAGUGGCGGUCUCUCUCCAGCACAAUCUCCGGCUCUCAGUGCCCCGGUACAGAUGUGUGAGCAAGGCUGCAACGAAGAGCUCUGUUGAGUUUGAGUAUGAUGGCCCCUUGAUGAAGACCACAGUCCCAGGGCCCAGAUCCAAAGACCUGAUGAAGCAGCUGGGUGAAAUCCAGGAAGCUGGCGCGGUGAAUUUCUUCUGCAACUACGAAGAGAGUCGGGGGAACUACCUGGUGGAUGUGGAUGGGAAUCGCAUGCUGGACGUGUACACCCAGAUCUCCUCCAUCCCGAUCGGAUACAGCCACCCAGCACUCAUCAAAGUCAUGCAGAAUCCCGACAAUCUGAGUGCAUUUGUGAAUAGACCAGCCCUGGGGAUCCUACCUCCUGAGAACUUCCCAGAAAAGCUAUUGGAAACACUUUUGUCGGUGGCCCCCAAGGGCCUGAGGAAGGUGCAGACAAUGGCCUGUGGGUCCUGUUCCAAUGAGAACGCCUACAAGACUGUCUUCAUCUGGUACAGAAACAAGGAGAGAGGAGACAUCAAGCCCACGAAAGAGGAGAUAGAGACGUGUAUGGUCAACCAGGCCCCAGGCUGCCCAGAUUACAGCAUCUUGUCCUUCAUGGGCGGCUUCCACGGGCGAACUCUAGGUUGCCUAGCGACAACGCACUCCAAGGUCGUCCACAAGCUGGACGUGCCCUCUUUUGACUGGCCCAUCGCCCCCUUCCCCAGGCUGAGGUACCCCCUGGAGGAGUUUGUGAGGGAGAACGCCCAGGAAGAGGCUCGCUGCCUCGAAGAGGUGGAGGACCUCAUCGUGAAGUACAGGAAGAAGGGCAAGACUGUGGCAGGGAUCGUGAUUGAGCCCAUCCAGUCGGAGGGGGGGGACAACCACGCGUCCGACGACUUCUUCAGGAAGCUGAGAGAGAUCGCCAGGAAGCACGGCUGCGCCUUCCACGUGGAUGAGGUGCAAACGGGCUGUGGCGGCACAGGCAAGUUCUGGGCACACGAUCACUGGGGCCUGGAGGACCCUGCGGACAUCGUCUCCUUCAGCAAGAAGAUGCUCACCGGCGGCUACUACUACAAGGAGGAGAUGACCCCCGACAUGCCCUACAGGAUCUUCAACACGUGGAUGGGAGAUCCUUCCAAAAACCUCUUGCUGAGCGCAGUCCUGAAUGUCAUAAAGGCGGAGAGGCUGCUUCAGGAGGUGGCCCGGUCUGGGAAGGCCCUGCUGGAUGGCUUGUAUGACUUACAGGCUCGCUAUCCCCACAUCCUGAGUGCUGCCAGGGGCAGGGGGACAUUCUGUGCUAUUGAUGUCCGAGAUGAAGACUUGAGGAACAGCCUCAUCAUAAAAGCCCGAAACAAGGGGGUGGUGCUGGGAGGCUGUGGAGAAAGGUCCAUCCGUUUCCGCCCGGCCCUGGUCUUCAAGGAGUACCACGCGCACCUCUUCCUGAAUAUCUUCGGCGACAUCCUGGCGGAGUACAAGUAGGCGCCGGGCAUCUCGGCGGAGCGACGCACAGGGUCCACGUCCCGAGGGAAGAGAGCUCUCGGACAUAUCGCCACAAGGCCCCCUCCCCCCCCCCGUUCCCGAAGCAAUCAUCACAUCACGGAAAACAUGUUUCUCCCAACGACACCCGCAUAAACACCGGAUUUCAAAAGCAGCCCCGAAAAGGGCUGCGGCAAACUCAAAAUCCAUUGUCGGCUGGACAAGGAGGGUUUGUUGUUUUUAAUUGUACGGAAAACCCGUUUAUUUGGGGGCAUCGCCCUCUUACCAAGGGAAUUUUGUUAGCCAUUUCAGCAUUGUUUCUUUCAAAACAAUGUUACAGAGAGCAAUAGAAGCAAUAUACUGUAUACUCCAUCAUUACUGGCACAGUACCCCCUUUUUAGGAGACUAUGGGCAGAAGGCAGCUGGCAUAUUGUGACGGCAAGAUGUUCUGCACUUCUGAAACAUGAUCUACCACCUGAUAUGCGUCAGAAGGAGGUUAGGUGGAUGCCAACCUAAAUGUACUGAUGGGUCUUUUAAAAUACGCCUGAUGGUUUAAAUGGCACAAUUCAAGUAGGCGUUACUGAACCUCCUCCAGUGCAGGCUUGAAUUGACAGGACUUGGGGGACGCUCACAGAGGUGGGUGGCUUUAAAAAAAAAAAAGUGUUGUCAAAAGGCACAAGACAUGCAGUGUUGGAAAGGUGCUGGUAAAGAAUCUAGCCGGGAGUGUUCACACAUUCACAAAACGCUGGCUUCUUCGGAAUUGCAAAGAUAAAUUCUAAGAAGGAACUCAAUAGCUAAUAUCACCGAAUUUCACCGUAAGGCUUUUAUUACACUAUAAAGCUGCCCAGGCUCUAGAGCUCGAAUAUUCCUUUUACAGUCCAGCUCCACCAUGCACAUUUAUAAAAUGGGUUGCCCCUUAGUUCAUAUUUCUGUUUUAUUUAUGCCUCUGUUUACCAAGAAAUUCUUUAUUGAAGCCAAGAACACGAUUCAAAAUGAAUCUCCACUAAUGAUUUGGAGUCCUGUUUAUAAAGCUGGGCAUUUUACUAAAGUAAUUUGCAAUGUCCCACUUGGGCAUUAAACCCACGAUCAAUGGAAGAUGAAGCUAAUAAAUAUUUUGUAAUCGUGUCAUACAGCAGUUAUCACAUUAAACGUAAGACAAAUGAUGAACAUUUUGCAUCCUUCACACACUAAUCACUUGUCAGUCAUGUACACGCACAAAUAUAUUAACUCCUUUAAUCAAACCUAUUUUAAUGUUUAAAGUGGUUUCCUUUUAUUGUUUUAAUGUUGAUUCAAUGUCUUAAUUGUUCCUGCUCGGGUGAAGAGUGCGGGAACACUCGUGAGUUUCUGAACAGAGGUGGUUAAUGUCUGGUUUUUAUUUUAAGAAUAUGUACUGGCCAUAUGUGAAUGUGUGGAAUGUGAAAGCCAGUCUGUGUAGAGACUUCUGUAUCUCGUGAUUCCUGCCUGUUAAAAAUAGACAAAUGAUAAGAGUGCAUUUUUGUUUACAAUGUUCUGUGACCUAAGCGGUGCCAAAAGUUGGUGUAAUUUACUAAAAUAGGUCUCAUUCUCGUUGGAAAAAGAAAAUAUAUCUGAAUUCUAAAAUAAAUCUUAGACAUUUUGAUUAA